AUGGUUCUAAAUACUGCUCUCAAGAUUGCUACGAAAGACACUGUGGAGAAUUAUGCAACGAAGUGUUAUCAAAAACAGCAAAAUGAAAAGCUUAACUUUAAUCCGGAAAAGCACAUUGGCAAAAUGGUAGAAGGAAUGAAAAAUAGCCUAGAAGAAAAAAGCCAAAAAGAGAGUGAACAAUCAGAAAAAGGUACAGGAGAAAUCACCUCUUAUAAGCCAAAUCCUAGUCAAAAUAACUCUAAUCCAAUGAGCACCAUCCAUAACCUCCACCAACAAUACCUCAACCAAGCCCAGUCUACUUAUGGUUCUAAUUCUCCCCAAUACCAAGAAUUAGUGCGAGAAAAAAAAGAAGCCAUAGCUGUUUUAGAGAAAGCUUCCGAGGAAGAACAAAAGGAGUAUUUGGCUUUAAUUAGGGAAUUGGGGGAUUUAUUAGAAAAAAACCCUAAUCUAUCUGCCGCAGAGCAACAGAGAAUAACUACUCUUAGCCAGGAAGCUGAUAAUUUUACUGAGAAAUUAAAAGGAAAGCAAUUGAAACAAGAAUGGAAGCAACAAGGUUUUACUUACGAAACUUGUAAGGAGUGGAUAGACAUUGGUUUAAAGCCAAUUGAUAAGUCGAGAGAGGAAUAUAAAGAACACUUGCAAGGUCAAGAAACAUCUGAAUCUGGGCAACUUGGCGAAGAAGAAAUCGAAGAGAAAGAAACUGAAUCUAGAUCUAGGGACAGAGAAAAAUCAAACACUGAUUCACCUCAGCAAAAUACCAUUGUAGUUUCAAAAAAUCAAAAUAAAACCAUGCUUGAAAGCCUGAAAGGUCAGGUUGAACGUCUUAAAGUUGAAAAAAUAAGAUUGAUUAAACAUAUGAAAGCUGAAGCUGAAAAAGCUCGUGAGGCUACUGAGAAUAAUGAACGUGAAAUUCAAUCAUUACAUCGUAAAGAGAAGGCUACACAAGAACAAAAAAAACGACUUGAGAGGUCAAAUGAAAUGCAAAAACUUAUGCUUGAGAAAAGACAAAAGGAAGUCUUAUUAACAACCAGUAAACUUAAAUCUGUGAUGACUUUACUUAAACGUACUUCCACACCAAAAUCUAUUGCAAAAGCUUUUCGUGACAAAAGUGACAAAUUAUCAUUAGAUGGUAAUAGUAGAGCUAUCUACAAAUAUAUUAAUGGUCGUCAAUCUUUGGCAUUGAUGGAUGAAUUGAUUCAGAAGCGUGAUGCGUUAGUUUCUGAAAAACAUGCGUUACUUAUUGAACGCGAAAAAAUUAUCGCUGCUGGGAAUUCUGACAAUAGCAGCGACAAUGACGAUAACCAAGAUUUAGAUGACAGGAUUGAAGUGAUAAAUUCGGAAAUUACUUAUAUGAAUGCUAGAAUUCGUGCAUUUCAAUCCGAAGCUGCAAGAACUGCAAAAGUAGGAACAGAAAAACAAAGAAGAAGAUACUCACCAACACGUAAAUCUGAAGAGUACCUUGAAGAGCACCCAUCAUUCACAUUGCCCAAAGAUGUUACAUCUGAAGCGUCAUACGAUACAGCUGUUAACAUUUUAAGAAACUUGGAUCCAAUCGAAGCCCAAACAGUGUUGGAAUCAUUCUUUGAAGAUAUAGUUAAAUUACGUAGCAAUGAGCAGUCGAGUCAGAUGACACUUGCACAACAAGAAACAACAAUGUUGGAGUUGCGCAAAAAAUUAUUGGGUAUGCGUAGAGCAGCAGUUUUGGCAACUGUCGAAUAUGAGAGAAGGAAUAAAGAUCUUGAAGAAAAAUUGAAACGUAGGGGAAGAUCACCAAGUCCAGUAACAGAAGAAAAUAAAGAAUUAAAAAUAAAGACAAUAGAGGAUGAUGCAGUGGAUACAAUUUCAUUGUUUGAUCGUAUCUACGAGACAGCAUUUGCACAAGUUGAAGCAGCUACUCCUGUUAGUGACAACGAAACCCUCAACACAUUACAUUCUGAUUCUAGAUGCGGAUCUUCCUAUUUUCUUAAUAAUGAUGAUUCAAGAAUUAAUAACGGAUCUCCAACAAGUGAGGUAAGCCUAGAAACUAUUUCUGACGUCAAAAAAAGGUUAAUUAAAAAAAGAAAGGAACUAGAUAAAUCCUUAAAAAGCAGCUCAAAAUCCACCAAUCGUCUGCGCAAAGAUGUCUUCUAUUUGGAAGAACUAUUGGAAACCAAAAAAGAAAAGGAAAGAUUAUUAGAAAGACUCACUAAAGACCAGCAAGAAAUCGAAAAAGGCAUUCAAAGCAAGAAAAGCGAAUUAAAAAUAAUGGAAAAAGAAUUCUUAAAAAGAGAAACUAAAAGAGAACUAGAUGGCUUUUGCCAACUUCAAGAAGAAUUUUCUGUCUCAGAAAUAGAAUUAGAGAUAAACGAAAAAGAAAGAACAGAAAUAAUCAACAUCUAUGCUCCCAUUGAGGUCAGCAAUGGUCAUUUGAUUAUUGGCAGCAGUUUUCGGGAUAAUGCUAAUUUAAAUUACGAAGCCAAAAUCCAAUCAACCAAUCCCUAUCAACCACCUAAAAAUAAUUAA